UUUGCGAACCUAGCACGCGAUAUGCUUCCUCGACACGCCGGAGCGCUGGCGCGAGUGUCGCAAUAUCCCACCAGAGCUCCAACAAUCCUCCGAACCUUUCCCCGGGCGUUGAAUUACCAAGUCCGGGCAUCUUCAUCGGUCAAUGGCAGGCCUGCCGCCGUGACCAGGCGGUCCACAUUACCAGUUGGCUUCUUCCGAGCUUCCCACGUGAACAGGUCCUCCUUCCUACGAUCCAUCUCCUCGAAACCACUGCCGGUUCCCAAAUCUUCGCUUGCCCGGCUCGCCUAUCGAACAGCCGCUGUACUGGGAACCUUUGUGGCCGUCAGCACCGGUCUGGUGGUCGCCUUUUUCAUCUACGACGCUUCAACGUACAAAGAAGAUGGCCAUACCGAGGAUGUUCCUGUAUCUGAGUUGGCACUCAAUCCGCGAAGAGGAGGCCCCAAGAAUCUGCCCAUUGCCGAUUACUUUGUUGACGACGAUGAUAGUGAGGAAACAAAGGCCAUCAAGCACAAGCCUAAGCUUGUUAUACUGGGUACAGGAUGGGGUAGCGUGGCUCUCCUGAAGCAACUCAACCCUGGCGAUUACCAUGUCACUGUGAUUUCGCCCUCGAACCACUUUUUGUUCACUCCUAUGCUGCCCUCGGCGACGGUUGGGACCUUGGAACUGCGGUCGCUCGUGGAGCCUGUUCGGCGCAUUGUCCGACGAGUCCACGGUCACUUCCUAAAAGCCAUGGCCGAGGAUGUCGAGUUUUCAGAGAAGUUAAUCGAAGUUUCUACGGUCAAUACAAAAGGCGAGAAGCAACAUUUCUACGUUCCCUAUGACAAAUUGGUCGUGGGUGUUGGUUCCGUGACCAACCCUCACGGCGUCAAGGGCUUGGAAAACUGCCAUUUCCUGAAAGACAUUAGUGAUGCACGCUUAAUCCGCAACGCAGUUGUUCGGAACCUCGAAGAUGCCUGUCUCCCAACCACAUCAGAUGAAGAACGCCGAAGACUUCUCUCGUUUGUGAUAUCUGGGGGUGGUCCAACCGGCGUGGAAUUUGCUGCCGAACUCUUUGACAUGCUCAACGAGGACAUGUGCAAGUUCUUUCCGAAGAUCCUGCGCAACGAAAUCUCUGUGCAUGUCAUCCAGUCAAGGAGUCAUAUCCUAAAUACAUACGACCAAGCUCUGUCGGAAUAUGCUGAGAAGCGCUUUGCCCACGACCAGGUCGACGUUCAAACCAAUUCUCGCGUCAAAGAGGUCUUUCCCGACAAGAUCCAAUACACCCAAAAGGAUGAGAAUGGAAAGUUCGUCAUGAGGGAAAUCCCACACGGCUUCUGCCUCUGGUCUACGGGCGUCGCACAGACGGACUUCUGUAAGAAACUCGCGUCUAAACUCGAUGGCCAGAACAACAAGCAUGCCCUCGAGACUGAUACACACCUGCGACUUAGUGGCUCACCCCUGGGUGAUGUCUACGCCAUUGGUGACUGCUCAACGGUCCAAAACAACGUCAGCGACAACAUUGUCAAUUUUCUCCGCACCACUGCCUGGGAAAAGGGCAAAGACCCAGAAAGCUUGCACAUUUCCUACUCUGACUGGCGCGGCGUAGCCAAGCGUGUCAAACAACGCUUCCCGCAAGCCGCAGACCACCUCCGACGCCUCGAUAAGCUCUUCGCCGAAUAUGACAAGGACAAAUCGGGAACCCUUGAUUUCGGGGAGCUUAGAGAGCUUCUCAUGCAAAUCGAUACUAAACUCACCUCGCUCCCUGCCACUGCGCAGCGGGCUCAUCAGCAGGGCCAGUACCUCGGCCGCAAAUUCAACAAGAUUGCCCAAGCAGCCCCUGGGAUGCAGCUCAACGAAGUCGAUUACGGGGACAUAGAUGAUGCCGUGUACAAGGCUUUUGAAUAUCAUCAUCUGGGCUCCCUAGCGUACAUCGGAAACGCGGCCAUCUUCGACAUCAACGGAUAUGGCCUGAGCGGUGGUUUGUUGGCGGUCUAUCUUUGGAGGAGCAUCUAUUUUGCCCAAAGUGUGAGUUUCAGGACCAGGUGCUUGCUAGCAAUGGACUGGAGCAAACGCGCGCUGUUUGGCAGGGGUACGUGCCUUUCAUAUCCACUUUUCAUCGUCUUCCCUGCCUACCUCCUCGCUCUUCUUUGCUUGACUUGUUUUACUAAUGACUUAUAG